ACUCGAGAACGAGGCUUGUUACAGGUCGAAAAAGCAAGAAGAAGGCAAACAGAACAUCCGACACCAAAACGUUGAAUGUUAUCCGCUGAAUUAUGGAAUUGCUGGCCAUGUACAGCGAUGGAGAUCGAUCAGAUUCUCCCGAACAAAACAGUGAUGUCGGUGAAAAGGAUGUUAGCCCACCUCGGGUGCAACCAUCAUUCACUCCUGACUUGCAGGCUGAAUGGGAAUCGUUUGAGAAGCUCAUUUCAGCUGGACACGAGAGUGUGAAACCAGUUCUUCACCAGCAUGGGACACUUGACGCUCAGAACGUGGCUGGUGUGUGCGAAGCGAAAGAGGCGGCGACCACUUUGAGCCGAUGUGUCGACAGUGUUGCUGUUAAAGGUGACGGUGCUAUUGGAACCAGUGAGAAGCCAACAGACUAUGUACCACUCAAGAUAGGGGUAAGCUCUACCUCGGGUACCCAGUCUCCAUGGAGUGCAAGCAGUAAUCCAGAAUCUGAUAACCUAACAGAGGCGAAAAAACAGCCUGACGAGGAAAUAAAAGUAUCAUCGAGGUCCUCCAGUAAAUCCCCGGAGGCACAUUCUCGCAGCAUGUCUCCUGCAGACGACAAAGGUGCCGAGAAAGCCAGCCGCCUCUGCCGCUCUCGGAGUAGUACUCCGGGCCACAGCUCUCGCAGUCACUCAGGAAGUGAUUCUGCACAAUCGAGGAGUUCGUCCCGUGAACGAAGUCGUACUCGAAAGUCACGAUCUCACUCCAGAAGUCGGUCCAGAUCAAAAUCAAGAUCACCCUACCGGUCAGCUCGCACUUCCCGCCAUCGACGUAAGAAGCAUAGCUUUAGGUCAAAGUCACGGUCGCACUCUAGGAGCCGGCGCUACCGCAGGUCCCGCUCACCUCACAAAAGAAGCAAACAUCGGCGCCGAAGUCGUUCUCGAGAGCAAUACCGAUCAAAAGAGAAACGGCGGUCACGCUCUAGGGAUCGGUUUGGACGGAGCACUCGCGGAAGAGACUACUACAAAGAGCGCAGCAGCCCACCAUCGAGGCGCAAGAGUCGAAGUCGGGACAGGAGUCGAGAGAGAAGUCGUGAUCGGAGUCGCGACAGGAGCCGAGAUAGGAGUCGCGACAGGAGUCGAGAUAGGAGUCGUGACCGAGAGUCACACCGCGGCAACAGUUCACGGGAUCAUACUCGCCGUGAUCACAGAGACAGCACGUCGGGACGCAGCAAAGAGAAGCAAUUGAACUUUAAGGAACAGAUGCGACAGGGCCUACUUAAAGCCAGUAAAAUGUGGACUGAAUCGAACGGAUCAUUCAGCGAAUUCAUUGAGGAGAAGAAAGCAGAGCCCUCAACGGAAACCCCAAAUAGCCUAAACACAGCCAUCCUAAACAACCUGGCAGCAGUGCAGAAUUCUACAGUGACACCUCAAGUGGCCCUACUUCAAACGAUGGCUGCCAUGAACAAAAAGGCCCAAGAGAUGACUGGAAUCGCUGUGCCCAAGUAUUAUAACCCCGCUGCUGUAAAUCCCUUGAAAUACGCUGAGCAAGUACAGAAGAGGAAAUUACUGUGGUCCCGCACACCGAAAGACAAAGUGAAGGGGCCCGAGAGCCAGUGGGAGGGCACUCACUUCUCCACAGAUCAGGAUGGCAAGAUGGCAGCCAAGUUCCGUAAGCUGAUGGGUAUGAAGCCAGAGGAAGGUUGCAGUGAUGGUCAGCAGGGGUCACAGGGACCGUCAGCAUCAGCUACACAUAGCAGUGCUAGCAGUGGCAGUGGUGGAGCCACCAGCGAUGACCGCAAGAAGCAACAGGAGGAGCUGUUCACUCGGCUGGACAAGGAAUAUGAGUUUGCUCGGAUGACCACCCACACACACCGCGGGGUUGGGCUUGGCUUCCAGUCGCAGAACUUCUACCAGCACUGAUCCUGAUUGUGGUCACGGUGGUUAUCAUAGUCAUCAUCGUCAUUCUUGUCGUAUAUUGUCGACAGCAGCAACAACAGUAGUAGUAGUAGCAGCAGCAGCAGCAACAACAAAAACAGCAGCAAAACCCUGCAACUCUUGCACCACAGAGUAACUUGCACUGUUUUCUGCAUAUGCAUUUUUGCCCUCACUUCUUCCAAAUCUCCUUCCUCUUCCACUUCGAUGAACUCUUCAUCCUCAAUUGAGAGAUAGCGUGUUUGGCUUCUUUUUUUUUUUUUUGUUCUAUUUAAAUUAAGUUUUUAUUGUUUAUUUUCUUUGUUGAUUAAUUUUACUCCAACUCUCUGCUGUUCAUCCCAAAUUUGAUAAAACAAAAUCCAUAGCCAAAGGACUUGGAUCAGUUUUAAAUCAUCUGCUACCCCUUUCUUUCUUUCUCAAAAUUUUGCUUCCUUUUCUUCUAUUAAACUCUUUAGCAUUUAAACUGGCUCUAUCCAGCCCAAAUAUUCUACCUACUCUGCAUUAAACCUGGCCAGAUUCAGCUCCUUGCACCUACCUACACCUUCUUAACCCUUUAGUAUUUAAUCUGGCCAUAUCCGGCCUGAAUAUUCUACCUGUUUUGUCUUAAAGCCAACCAUAUCCAACCUCUUGCACCUACCCUACAAUGUCAUUCUAAAACUAUGCAAACACACCAUUGAAAUCUUGAAGAUACAAGAUCUCUCUGUCUGCUCAGUCGAAGUCGACUCUUGGUCACUCGUUGGAUCAGUGUCCU